AUUGCAGGUAAAUGGAUGAAAGCACGAUCCGUGUACCGUUCGUUCAAUAUCCGAAUUUAAACAACAAAUACGGAUACCAUUUGGAUCUGUGGAUAUGAUCAUGCACUGACUGAAAAUUUGUCAAUUAUAGCCUACUAGUGUACAUACAUAAUUUCAGUCUCAUCAUCAGAUGUAUCAGACAAGGCAAACGCAAUAACUGCUUGGUAACAUUCCAUGCAUGCGUAUUGGAGGAAUUAACCGGCCUAUAAAACUCACUCCCACCACUAUGUGCUCUUAUUCUUGUCACUCCAUGUUUCUACUCCGGCGUUAUCCACAAUCAGAGGAGAAUAUAUUUUUUUACAUUUUUGUGUGAACUGGGUUUGGUCUAAAAGAGGGGAAUUAUGAUCACUCUUUCACCUGUACCCUUUGUGUCUGGGCUGUGUAUAGGAUUUCUGUCUAUUCAAUACUUUGUUUACUUGGACACCAGCACUGCAAAACCAGCUGUUUUCUCACUGGGUUACUCCAGUGGAGUUCAUUAUGACAAAAGGGUUCCAAGACACAUACACUCAGAUGAGGACAGGAGUGUUGCAGCCAACCUGUCCCAAAAUGUACGACUACUAUGUUGGAUCAUGACUGGGCCUAAGAACCUGGAGUCCAGAACCAAACACAUCCGGGCCACCUGGGCCAAACGAUGCAAUAAAAUCCUCUACAUGAGCUCAGUGGAGACCGAAUUCCCCACGGUGGGGCUCAACGUAAGCGAGGGACGAGACCAGCUCUACUGGAAGACCAUCAGAGCCUUCCAGUACAUCUACCAACACCACCGCAACGACUACGACUGGGUCCUCAAAGCCGACGAUGACACGUUCGUGGUCAUCGAGAACCUCCGAUACACAUUGUCUAAACAGGACCCGGAGAAGCCUGUAUACUUUGGGCGAAGGUUCCGCCCGUUCGUCCAGCAGGGUUACAUGAGUGGUGGAGCCGGCUAUGUCCUCAGUAAAGAAGCCGUCAGAAGGUUCAUCAAGGGAUUCGACACAGGGAAAUGUUCCCACUUCUCCAUCAUAGAAGACAUGGCUCUAGGGAAGUGUAUGGAGACUAUGGGUGUGGAGCCGGGGGACUCCAGAGAUGUGAAGGGAAGGCAGACGUUUCAUCCCUACCCACCACACAAGCACCUGAUCAAAAAGCCACCCAGAAAACUGCCCUUGCAUCUCUUAUACGACCACUACAAACUAAGAGAGGGCCCAGAAUGUUGUUCAGAUCACAUCGUAUCAUUUCACUACAUCUACCCUGUAGAGAUGUACACACUGGAAUACUUCACCUAUCAUCUACGGCCCUAUGGAUACAAGUACAGGUACAACCCUGAUGCUGCAGCAGCUGAAAUUGAGAGUAACACCACCACACCUGUCUCUGCUUAACACAGAGAUAUCACAGACAGACUACUGCACUGAAGAAAGAACUUAUUUCUGUGUCAUGUUUAAAUGCCGAAACAACAGCCUGACAUUGCCACUUUCUUUGGUAAGCUGAGCAAUGAGACUAAGGAAAUGGAACCACUAUCAAAUUCAUUGACAUGGUAGUUUUAAACAUAUUUUGAAGCUAUACAUUGUAUUUGUUGUCUAUGUAAACGAACAUGAACAAUAGAG